AUGGAUGUGACCGAACCGAUAACGAUUUCCAAUAUGUUGGGAUCUCGCAAGACGGCCAUCAUAGAGCCAUCACGGUCCGCACUUGUUAUAAUUGACAUGCAAACCCUCGCGCCCGAUGCAACGGCUGGUAGGAGUAUUGUCAACACGACAAUUAAACUGGUGGAAUCAUUUCGCAAGGCAGACAUGAAGGUUCUCUGGGUCAACUGGGGAAUUGACGAUAUUGAUAUGACGACGAUGCCACCCUCGCUGCUGGCCGGCUUCAGCAACGGGACCAAUAGAAUGGAGGAUACAUUUGGAAGCGAUAUGGGCGUGCUCGACGGUAUUGAACUUGGGAGGUUAUUAUGGCGGGGUGCCUGGAACAGCCAGUCCUAUGGACCGCUGCAACCUCUACGAGUCGCUGGUGAGAAAGCGGGCACCGAUAUGUUAUUCCACAAAAAUCGGCAGAGUGGUCUUUGGGGAGCUCAGACACCACUCGGGCUGUGGCUUGAGGAAAACAAAAUAACUACGCUCUUUCUCGGCGGAGUAAACAUCGACCAAUGCGUUUGGGGAACCCUCCUCGAUGGAUUCUACAAGGGAUACGACAUGUUCCUCGUCCCGGAUAUCUCAGCUACGGACAGCCCAUACUAUGCAUCACAAAUGGUUUACUACAAUACAGACGGUCUCGUUAACACUUGGUACAGCUCGAGGUUUCCUAGUCAACUCUACUCAGAUCUUGGAUGCUAUGAAGAUGCAGAGGCCUUAGAGCAUUUCCUGUCAGAAUCAUUUGAUGGAUAG